CCACAGAAAAAGGUCGCGGAUAGGUUCCUUAUCCGACCUCCAACAAACCGCCAACCACUGCUACUAUACUAUACACUCAAUUCAACAUCAAAAUUUGAGUCCAGAAGAAAACACCCGAACGAGAAAAGAAGCAGAUCGGCCUAGAGAGAAGAAAGGUAUGGCGUCUCUGAGCUUUACGGCUUUCAGUUUGAGUUCGAAACCAUCAUUUCGCAGCGUUUGGAUGUCAAAAAGAUCACCAAGGAAGCUUCAAUCAGCAGCGGCGACGGCGGCAGGUACAGCCACGCCCAGCCCUAGCGGCGGCGGUGGCGGCGGAGCGAAGUACAAGGGGACGCACAUGAGGGAGACGAAGCUGGCGGAGAUGAUCGAGAAGAAGGUGAUAGAAGCCAAGGAGAUAUGCGGGGAGGACGAGACUUCGGACGAGUGCAAGGUGGCUUGGGACGAGGUGGAAGAGGUGAGCCAGGCCAAGGCCGAUCUCCGCCUCAAGCUUCAGAAGAAACAAGAUCCUCUCGAAUUCUUCUGCCAGGACCACCCCGAAACCGACGAGUGUGCCAUCCCCGACGAAGAAGAAGAAGAAGAAGAAGAAGAAGAAGAAGAAGAAGAUUGAUGCUCCUCAAUUGGAAUUGAAAUUGACGAUUUCAUCUCCCAUGUAAGCUAUUGUAAUAACUGUAAGUGUGCUUUUGUUUGAUAAGAUUCCAUAUUACGACUGUAUGAUGCAUAAAUCAAAACCACCGUUCCUGCUUGUAUUGUAUAACUUAACCGUUUCCUUCCAUCUCUAUAUACUCCCUAUCUGUUCGCAAAUCAUCCCCGCCGGAGAUCGCUUUUGAGACCCGCCGGAGCCCUAGCCAACAGGCAGUGCAUACCCGAUUUUGAUUUCUAAUCCCACCCCUCUUUUCCUCGUAGCUAUUCACUUCUCACCCCCUCCCAAACACAAAAGAAACUUUAUUUUUUUAAUUGUUUCGUACAUAGUACACACACACACAGACCCAGUCUUUGCCAAUUGCCAGCCAACCCAUACACAGUUUGACAGUACGGAAAAAGGCGCUAUAAUUAUGUAUGCGCCGGCAGGCGUCCAAUUCUUCACCUCAUUUUCAACAACAAUUUUUAUAGAAAGUGAAAUUAAAUUUAGCUGCGGGCG